AUGGAAACUUCUGGUCAGCCUGGCCAACCUGGCCAACCUGGCCCGCAUGAUUCUACGCCCGUCCCCUCAACCGAUCCGACUACUGCGCCCGCAGAACCCCCGCAGAAACAGGCCGAUCAACAAAAACCCAGUAACGACAGUGAUGCUGACGAGGACUCGGACUUUGACGAACUUGACGGUACUGCCAUACCCCUCACCCCUCCCCGCACCAAUCGCCAUACUAACAAACCCAUACCAGACGUCCUAGAUGACUUCUCCAAACCAAAAGCCCCCCAACCCGCACCCGUACCCGCACCCGUAUCUGCGCCCGACUCCUCAGCAGGCGUCGCCCCUCCCGACUUUGACGAAGAUGCCUUCCUGAAACAGCUAGAGAAGGACAUGGCCAACAUGAUGGGCAACGCGCCCAGCAUGCCUGCUGCAGACCAACCCGACUCCCAAAAUGCUGUAGACCAAGGCGCGGACGUCUUCGCGAAACAACUCGAAGAGAGCGGGAUCCCACCCGGCGAUUUCCUCAAACAGCUCCUGGCCGACGUGAUGGCCGAAGAGGGCGGGGCUGGCGCGGGGUCCGGGACGGGAAGCGCGAAGGCGUCGCCUGCCCCUGCCGCUGCGCCUGCGCCGAGUGCUCCGGCUGAUGGUGAGCCUGAGUCGUUUAGUGAUGCUAUUCAGCGGACGAUGGAGCGGAUGAAGGAGUCUGGGAAUAAGGCCACUGAAGCGGCGACGGGGGAUGAUGGGUCCGAUGAUAUGUUGGCGCAGUUGCUUAAGGCGGUUGAGGCUGGUGCGACGGGCGCUGGGGAGGAUGGAGAUUUGACGAAGAUGUUUAUGGGGAUGAUGGAGCAGUUAUCGAAUAAGGAGAUGCUUUAUGAGCCUAUGAAGGAGUUGGAUGGGAAGUUUGGGCCGUGGAUUAAGGACAAUAAGGAGAAUGGGAAGGUUGCUCUUGAGGAUAUGGAGCGCUAUGAGACGCAGGCGAAGGUUGUGAAGCAGAUUGUGCUGAAGUUCGAAGAGCCUGGGUACACGGAUGAGGAUCCUAAAUGUCGGGAGUAUAUCUGGGAGCGGAUGCAAGAGAUGCAAGCCGCAGGAAGCCCGCCCGAGGAACUGAUUUCCAACCCGCUCAUGGAAGACCUGGGAGGUCUAGGUGGCCUGGGAGGCGCGGCAGGUGCUGGAGGCCCUGGCGGAGUCCCCGAUUGCCCGCAACAAUAA